AUGAUGCUGCAGGAAACGCCACUACAGCUCGCAAUGAGAGCCGGAGAGUCUAAAAUUGUUGAGUACCUCAAACAACAAAGAGCUGACACCGAUUCUUUGUUUUGUUUCGCUAUCUUCGGUUUUCAACUCUUUAUAACUCUACCGGAAAAUAUUUUUGAGGAUAAUCAGCAUGCCGCGAUGCGAUCCACUUUGCCAUCUUCCAGUGAUGCUGAAUACAAUGCAACGAAAAAAACUGCUCAAGAGGAAGAUGAUUAUCAGUUUGCAUGUCGACUUCAAGCUGAAUUCAUCGAAGAAGCGUCUGGUGCGCAGUUUCGCGAGCAAUCAUACGCCACUCCUUCUGCCCCAGAAGCUGAUUUCAAAAAUAAAGGUGAUGACAGCUAUCAAAAGAAGACUAAAGGAGACAACUGCGACAAGGAAGAGAAUGCAGCUUCUAAGGUUCAAAAUGUGCACUAUAAUUUUUAA